GCGUGGAAAGGAGCGCUCCGUCGCUGGGGCAAUAGCCAGUCGCGGCCGAGCGCGCGCUCUCCACCCUUUGCCCAUCGGCUUCGCCUCGGUUGUGCGGGUAUUCCCUAGCCUAGCGCUUGAACCUCUGGAAGUUGGUGCCGCAGCAAAAUCCGGCAAGAUGGAGGAAGCCUGUGAAGAUAUAGAUCAAAUGUUCAGUGACUUAUUGGGAGAAAUGGAUUUGCUAACACAGAGCUUAGAAGUGGAAGCCAUGCCUGUUCCUCAACAACAAUCAACUGAUGCUGAAUUUAAUUUUGCAGUUGGUUUCAAAGAUUUAAAUGAGUCUUUGAAUACAUUGGAAGAUACUGAUUUAGAUAUUUUAAUGGCUGAUCUUAUAGCAGACAUCAGUGAAGUAGAAAAGACAACAUUACAAGAACCGAAGGAUAUCUCUUACUAUGAGCAAGGUGCCAUAAUGCAGCCACCUGCAAAGGCUGCUCCCAUUUAUGGAACUCAAUCAGUGCUAAAUAAUUUUCCUCCACCUGAUGAGAAUAAAUUACCAGCCCCUCCUGCAGAAAUGCUAAUGCCACUGCCACCACCUCCAGCUUUUCCUCAGCAGCCACUCACUCAGGAAGCACAAGAACAAGCAAAAGCUGACAAGAUUAAACUAGCAUUAGAAAAACUAAAGGAAGCCAAGGUUAAAAAGCUUGUUGUCAAGGUGCACAUGAAUGAUAACAGCACAAAGUCUCUAAUGGUGGAUGAACGACAAGUGGCACGUGAUGUUUUAGACAAUCUCUUUGAAAAAACCCACUGUGAUUGCAAUAUAAACUGGUGCCUUUAUGAAAUACAUCCUGAGCUACAAAUCGAAAGAUUUUUUGAAGAUCAUGAAAAUGUGAUUGAAGUCCUAUCCCAUUGGACUCGAGACAGUGAAAAUAAAAUACUGUUCUUGGAGAAAAAUGAAAAAUAUGCUGUAUUUAAAAACCCUCAGAAUUUCUACUUGUCAAACAAAGGAAAAAAUGAAAUCAAGGAAAUGAAUGAGAAAAGCAAAGAAGCAUUAUUGGAGGAAAGCUUCUGUGGUACAUCUGUCAUUGUGCCAGAAGUUGAAGGUGCCCUUUAUUUAAAGGAAGAUGGAAAGAAGUCCUGGAAGAGGCGCUAUUUUCUUCUACGAGCUUCAGGCAUUUAUUAUGUCCCCAAAGGAAAAACCAAGACAUCCCGAGACUUGGCUUGUUUCAUACAGUUUGAGAACGUAAAUGUUUAUUAUGGUACUCAGUACAAAAUGAAGUAUAAGUCCCCUACUGAUUAUUGUUUUGUCCUAAAGCAUCCUCAAAUACAGAAGGAAUCACAGUACAUCAAAUACCUGUGCUGUGAUGAUAAGCAGGCUCUACAUCAUUGGGUAACUGGUAUCAGAAUUGCAAAGUAUGGAAAGGCCUUGUAUGAUAACUACAUUGGUGCAGUACAAAAGUCUGAGUUAGCUUCACGUCUGGCAAAGCCAGGAAAUACUAAAUCCAUAGCUUCUGGGGGAUCAUCUUCAAAAGGUAGCUCUCAUGCCAAUGGACAAAUCAUCCAAACUCUUAAUACAGCAAACACUGCAGAAACUGGAAAAUCUGAGAUGCCAAAGAUACAAAUUAAUGUUAAAAAGCCAGAUACUUUCAAUGUUGGUCAAGCAUCAUCCCUACCUAUACAACAGACGAAACAGAUCCGCAAACAUAGUGGUUUGCACCCUCCUCCCCCUCCUCAAAGACGGUCUUCUACUAUUACUGCUUCAUUGGAUUUAUCCGCCAUUGCUGAGAGAGAAAAUCCAACUUUCUUACAAAAUUAUGAAGAAUUUCCACCACCUCCUGAAUUUAUACGACUUCCUCCAAAUUUGGAAGAUCUGCCGCCGCCGCCACCACCACCACCAUCUCCACCACUACCUGAAUACUAUGAAUCUCCUCCUGAUUUCACUCCUCCCCCGCCUCCUUUUCUUCCUACUGGCAUUGGCUCUGCAGAACUACUACCACCUCCGCCGCCGCCCUCCUUCUCUGUCCCUGGUCUUCCUCCUGCAACCAAAAAGAAACCACCCCCUCCUCCUAGAAAGCAAGAAGAAGGUGCUUGUCAAGUCGUAAGACCAAAACAAAGUGGGUCAAUUUCAAGCAGACAUGCUUCUGAACAAGGAGAUUUCAUGUCUGAUCUCAUGAGAGCAUUGCAAAAGAAAAGGAGUGAGUCCUCAUGAACGAAGUAGUUUCAAACAUCAGGUGAUCUAAAGGGGUAUAUGCUAGAAAAAUUGAUGGCAGACACAGACCAAAGGUUUGGUUGAGCUACUGGGUCAAUUCCCAUGCUCUUUGCUUGAAGGCUGAAAAAUACAAUCAACCGUAGGAGACGUCCUUGAGAAAAACAGGUUCCAGAAAAAUUGUUUAAUUUGAUCCAGUAGGUUUUUUUUUAAAAAAAAUCAGGAUUAAUUUAAAAGCUGAUUAGUUUAAUAAAAAGCUAUUUUUUUCAGAGUUCCUUCCACACCACUUGCAUGUAAGAAUAGCCUGGAUAAGGCCUUGGCAGUUGACUCAUCUAAAACACUUUGCAGAAAUAAGGGGUGUAAGAUUGAAUAACAAAUUCACUUCACUGCUUGUAAAUUCCCUCUUUCAUUAUGAAGUCAAAAUCUGCCCCAUCUACUUUUUUGUUUCCCAUAGUUGGAUUUGGGAAAAAUGCAACUCACAACAUUAUUAUGUUAUGCAACAUAUUACAGCUGUUUCCUCGGUUUCAAAGACAAAGUGAAAUUUGUUUUCAGUGAUAAUAUCUGCAGGCAAUCUCUGGUUAUUUAUUUGGUUUAAUGCAGGAUAAUUCCUUUGGAGAUAGCUUUAAUUUUUCCAUUCCCAACUACAAAUGUAGUGGUUGUACUAGGUGAUAUCUAAAAAUGUUUAUCUCAAAGAAAGUAAUUUAUUUCUUCUUACUUAUAUUUUAUCAUGUAUAUUUCAUUUUUAUUCUCCUUUAUUUACUGCAAUCUUCAUGAAUAAAACUUAUUUCUUCAACCUA